AAUAAUCGUUAUCAGUUGCAUGGAAUUGUCCACUGUAAUGUACAACUAAUUUCUUAACUAAACUUAACUUUCAUGUGAUCAUGUGGUGUUCCAAUGACAACUCAGGUCAUGUGAUCUUGACAGCAUAAAUAGUGGAUCAGUAUCAAUCAGCGAGUCAGACUGCCUGAUAACAUUUAUAUUUCAUCCAGACUUUAAUCAUCAGCACUGCAGCAAUGUCUGGCUGGAGCCCAGUGAAGCCUGUCACUCCAGAGGUGAAGCACAUCUGCCUUGAGAUGAAGUCACAAGUACAGACGUUGGCUGGGGAAAAUUUUGCCGUUUACAUUCCUGUAGAUUUUAUUUCCAAAAAUGAGGGUGAAAUAAACUACACAUUUGUGAUAAAGGUGGACGUUGGAGGAGACAAGUGUCUUCAUGCAAAGAUAUUUGAAUCAGGUGGUGGAAAACUGGAUAUGCAAGAUAUCCGCUACCCAAAAUCCUGCAGCGACACUCUGGUCCCCUUCUAAACACUUCUAACCGCAUAGAGAAAUAGUCUGUCUUAUCAAAUAACAGACA